CCAGCCCCCCUCCUCCACUUCGUCGCUUUCCCGGCGACGCCGCGACCGCGACCAAGGGAAUUCUCUAUUCGGUGGUUAGAGCUUCGCGAGCUUGUGAUUGUGGGUUGGUCGCUUCGCUUGGUUCUUCUCUCGGAGACCCUCUUGCUCGUGGGGAGCCGCCAUUUUUGGGAGGUCUUGCUCGGGGUGGUGUUAAUGGAGGAGAGGUACGAGGCGCUGAAGGAGCUGGGCGCCGGCAACUUCGGGGUGGCGAGGCUGGUCAGGGACAAGCGGACCAAGGAGCUCGUCGCCGUCAAGUACAUCGAGAGGGGCAAGAAGAUCGAUGAGAAUGUGCAGAGGGAGAUCAUCAAUCACCAGUCACUCCGGCAUCCUAACAUCGUACGAUUCAAGGAGGUUUGUUUAACACCCACACACCUUGCCAUUGUCAUGGAAUACGCUGCCGGUGGAGAACUCUUUGAAAGAAUCUGCACUGCAGGGAGAUUCAGUGAAGAUGAGUCCAGGUACUUCUUUCAGCAGUUAAUAUCAGGGGUCAGCUACUGCCAUUCGAUGGAAAUUUGUCACCGUGAUCUUAAACUCGAGAACACCCUCCUAGAUGGGAGUCCAACACCCCGCGUCAAAAUUUGUGACUUUGGUUACUCAAAGUCUGCUUUGCUGCAUUCCCAACCAAAAUCAACAGUUGGCACUCCAGCAUACAUAGCACCCGAGGUUCUUUCGAGAAAAGAGUAUGAUGGCAAGGUAGCAGACGUUUGGUCCUGUGGCGUGACACUGUACGUGAUGCUCGUCGGAUCAUAUCCAUUUGAGGAUCCGGAGGAUCCAAGGAACUUCCGCAAAACACUCAGCAGAAUUCUUGGCGUGCAAUACUCCAUCCCGGACUAUGUGAGAGUGUCUUCAGAGUGCAGACGCCUUCUGUCUCAAAUAUUCGUUGCCGAUCCUUCAAAGAGGAUCACCAUCCCGGAGAUAAAGCAGCACCCGUGGUUCCUGAAGAACUUGCCGAGGGAAAUCUUGGAGAGGGAGAAGGCGAACUACGAGGACACCGAUACUGUCGAGCCGACGCAGGCAGUCGACGAGAUCAUGCGGAUCGUCCAGGAGGCCAAGACCCCAGGCGGCAUGUCCAAGGUAGUCGACCCGGCGCUGCUCGCCGAGAUGGCCGAGCUGGAGAGCGAAGGGGACGAGGCGGAAGCCGACGACACCUACUGAUCAGCUCUUGCACGCAGUUCAGGUGCUCACUCAUGGCACCGGAGUUAUAGACAUGAUCUGCCGAACCUAACGAACAUAAGGAAAAACCAGGUGUAUGAUCAUCAGAUAAUGAUGCCCUGUUGCGUACUUGCAUUGGUACUCUGUAAUCUGUAUAGCGCUGAACAAUCGUACAUUGCACGGGAUUAGCGUGCAGUGGUAAAUAAAGAAAAAUAUUGGGUUGCA